AUGGAAAACUGUCUCGCACCAGGCGGCCUCGCCAGGGCUCCCUCAAAGGCGCGAGCCGGGGUUCAAUCAAGGUCCGCCAUUCCUGGACCCUCUGGUCUACCCAUUAUUGGACUCGUCUUUGCUUUCGCUGGCUCUUUGACUCUCGCAAAUCUCGCUAAGACCUUCGAACCCGUACCGUUGAUGCCUUUUUCGAUUGGGUUCACUCGUUUCAUCAUCUCAAGCCACCCAGACACAGCCAAGGACAUUCUAAGCAGCUCGGCUUUCGCAGAUCGGCCUGUGAAAGAGUCGGCUUACGAGCUUCUCUUCCACCGAGCAAUGGGUUUCGCUCCAUACAGUGAGUACUGGAGGAACCUGAGAAGAAUCUCGUCGACCCAUUUGUUCAGCUUGAAGAGAAUCACUUGUUUCGGCGAUUUUCAGCAAAAAAUGGGGAUUGAAAUGGUGAACCAAGUCAAGGGUUUGAUGGAGAAAAAUGGAGUGGUUGAAAUCAAGAGAGUUUUACAUUUUGGGUCUCUGAACAAUGUGAUGAUGAGUGUGUUUGGGAGGUCCUAUGAUUUCAAUGGAUGUGAUGGGUUUGAACUUGAGGGUUUGGUGAGUGAAGGGUAUGAGUUGCUUGGGAUAUUCAACUGGAGUGAUCAUUUUCCUCUUCUGGGUUUGUUGGAUUUGCAAGGUGUGAGGAAGAGAUGUAGAGAGCUUGUUUCUAGAGUGAAUGUGUUUGUUGGGAAGAUCAUUGAAGAACACAGAUUCAAGAGGGCUAAAAAUGGAGGUGUUGUGGGUGGUGGUGACGAUGAUGACUUUGUUGAUGUUUUGCUUGAUUUGGAGAAUGAUAACAAGCUUAGUGACUCUGAUAUGAUUGCUGUUCUCUGGAUACACCAGCACAUAAUUAUUAAAAUCUUAGUGGAAUUGCUCAACACUCAAAUACUAGAACUGUGGGGGAUUGUUCAUUUGUUUAGUCUUUUGGAGUUGACCUAUCUUGACUUGGUAUAUUAAUUGCUUUUCUUUCUCUACCUUGAUUUGAGCUUUAAUUUUUGUUGGGAUUUAGUUUAGUUUACUCUCUAUGUUGAUGUGUUGCUAUAAUAAUUUUUUGACAAAAUCUUUUUAAG